UUCAUUUUAAGCGCAAAGUGUGGAUUGAUUGUGGCGUUUUGGAAACGCUGAGAGCAAAAUUGUGUUUCAAUUCAGUAACUGUGUGUUUUUGUAAGUGUGUAUCUUCUCUCAUAGCGGAGUUGCUGUUUGCCGGCUCGCGUAUCCUUCUUUGUGUUACUCUGCAAGCAUGCUUGAACCUCGCAGCGCAGGAGCAGUUUGAACAUCGCCAAACGUUUCUCAACAUCCCAAAACUAUGGCUAGCGAACACUGCUUAUAGAAGAGGAUUACUAAUACCUCCAACAUCACCCUUUCUCUGUGCUUUUCCCGUGCGCUCUCUCAUUCGCGCCUGGAUAGUUGAAGGACAAGUAAAGAGAAAUUGCGCCUUUUUUUCACCGAGCAGCGCUUCAGCGAGAGGAAACAUGGAUGUAUUUUAUCCGUCUGCCGGAGGGAAUGCUAUUCCCGGUGAUCCACAGAACCUGGAUUUUUCCCACUGCUUGGGAUACUACAACUAUAACAAGUUUGGGAAUAACAACAACUACAUGAACAUGGCUGAUGCCAAUGGAGCUCUAUUAGCAGGGGGAGAUACGUUUCAUACUCCAAGUCUUGGUGAUGAGGAGUUUGAAAUACCCCCCAUCACCCCGCCCCCUGAGGUGGAGUCUGGCAUGGGCCUCCAAGAGGUGGACUCAACUUACCCCGGGCUACCCGACCACCCAAACUCUCAUCGCGGGUCAUACAUCCCACAGUUCCCACCCCAGAGCCUGGAGCUUCCCUCAAUCACUAUCUCCAGGAAUAUGAUGGAUCAGGAAGGACAAAUGAACAAUGGACACCCAGGGGGCAUUGGUCAGACACACCUGCGUCAAUACCCAAACCCCACCAUGGUAAUGCGCUCCAUUAUUAAUAUGCACAACCCUAAUGGCAUGAUGUCACAACACCCGCUUACCACCCUCAACCAGUCACAGAUCAGCACACAGCUGGGGCUAAAUAUGACUGGAUCAAACAUAGCUCACACUUCCCCGUCCCCGCCCGCCAGCAAAUCGGCCACGCCCUCUCCCUCGAGCUCAAUUAACGAAGACGAUCAAGAGGAAGGAAACAGGGUGAUUGGCGAAAAGCGUCCCGCCCCCGAUGCUGGUAAGAAGCCAAAGACACCCAAGAAGAAGAAGAAGAAGGAUCCCAAUGAGCCUCAGAAACCAGUGUCUGCAUACGCCCUGUUCUUCAGGGAUACCCAGGCAGCCAUUAAAGGCCAAAACCCUAAUGCCACAUUUGGGGAGGUGUCGAAGAUCGUAGCUUCUAUGUGGGAUGGAUUGGGAGAAGAGCAGAAACAGGUUUACAAAAGCAAAACAGAAGCAGCAAAGAAAGAAUAUCUGAAAGCUCUCGCAGCGUACCGCGCAAGUCUAGUGUCAAAGGCUGCCGCAGAGUCAGCCGAAGCCCAGACUAUUCGCUCAGUGCAGCAGACCCUCGCCUCCACCAGCCUCUCUCCAGGACUUGUACUGCCUUCACCGCUAUCCCAGCACCCUUCCAUGUCUGCUGCCGCACAGGCUCUCCAACAGGCCCUGCCUCGAGCCAUCGCCCCCAAACCUCUGCAGAUGCGCGUGGGCAACAACCAGAUCGUCACCUCCGUUACGGUAGCUCACCAGAGCAUGGCGCCCGGUGGCGUGCAGACGCAGCUGCUAGGGCAGAUGGGCGCGGCCGGCCCGCAGUCGGGCGUGCCGUCGCAAAUGAGUCCACCGAUGCAGUCGCGGCAUGUGGCCAUGCAGCAGCAGAUGCAGCAGCAGCAGAUGCAGCAGCACUUGCAGCACCAUCAAAUGCAGCAGCAGCAAAUGCACCAUCAGCAGAUUCAGCAGCAAAUGCAGCAGCAGCAUUUCCAGCAUCACCUGCAGCAGCAGCUUCAGCAGCAUCACAUGCAACAGCAGCACCAACAAAUGCAACAACAGCAGCAAAUGCAAAUGCAGCACAUGCAGCAGAUGCAUCAGCAUCAAAUGCAGCAGCAUCAAAUGCAGUCACAGCCGCAGUCUCAGUGUUCGCCCGUGCAGCACUCGCCCGGCACGCCUCACUCCGCCUCUCUCGGGAGCCCACCGCCCCCAACUCCGCCCCACCAACACCCAUCGCAAGUACAGGCUCACGCCCAGGUCCUGUCACAAGUGAGCAUCUACUGAACCAAAACCCCCUCAGACCCACAGUCGCAACUCAAAGAGAAAAGCAGAUGGAAGUUGUUAUUAAAAAGCAUCGUUACAAAGUUGCUUUUUUAAGUUGCACUUAAGAAGUGUGUAAGAAAUAUGAAUGUUUUACAAAUAACUGUCCUUUGUUCUAGAUGGAUAUGUGUUUAAAGGACAGAGCAUCUUAGCUGGAUAUUUUGUCUAUAAGAUAGGCUGAGCUACAGGGAAGUCUGUUCAUAGACUUGAGUGCCCCGUAGUCAUUUGUAUGUACAUUUAGUUUUUUUCUCUCUGUUGUGGAGUUUAAACCGUGCCGGAGCAUGACAACGAUGACAAAAACUUUCGAGGUGAUCGCAGAAGCACCUGAUGGGUUUUAUUUAAGAGCUUUAUUUAUGAGGUUGGCGUCAUUUGGAUUGACUGUCACCACCAGACAAAACAAAGACAAAAAGGCACUGUAUUAAUAAAGGGAAGGUAAUGAACUGAACAAUACACAGGUACUUAACUAGUCAUCAGAGAUACGUUUUAUUGGCUCUUGCACUCUCUGGCCAGCGUUUUGUGAGUCCUACCUUCUUUUUCUCCUCGGCAGUGCCACAGAUGAAACUGUUUAACAGUCACCGCUGGGAAAUUCACAUCAAAUCAACCUGCUUUUGUAACAGAGUGGUGUUUGAGACUCUCAUGCCACGUUAUCAAACAGGAAAAAACACUCUUGGAUUUUGCUGGACAGAACAAUGGACAGACUUCCACUUUAAUCAUCAUGUCUCCUAACACUUUCUGUGAUCUGCUGUAUGUGUUUGAGGAAAGAGCAGAAGUUUAUGGAGGUUCUUCUUUGGCCAAACCAUCAAGAUUCUCAUUCAGUCCCCCGUGCGUAAUAACGGCACUCCAAAAAAUGUUCUUCUCUGUAAUUAUCUUUACCUCAAAAGUUUUAUUGAAUAAGUUAUGUUUUUGUUUAUUUCUUUUGUGUAAUGAUAACAUAUUUUAUGGAAAAAAGGAUAAAUUACUGGUUAACUGGUAUUUUUAUUUUAUGAUACCCCACACUUUACAACGAGGACAACUAUAGACAGCAGUUUUAUCAGAUCUGUUUUCGAAGGACAUGGAAGUAUUUCGUGCCAGCUGUAAAUGAAUCAAUGGUAAAAGAAAAUGAAGUUGUACAUUUUUCAUACCUCUUGUUGUAAAGUUUUAAUAUGUGAGGCUUUAAACGCAGAAGUUGGCGAGCUGACCAGUGUGUCCUGCUUUAUGUCAUAGCGCUCUUUUCUACUUUUUUAUGAGUUACAGUACAGUAGCAACGAUUCGUUUUGUUUGUGUUUUUGCUUACAACUCCAAAUUAAUCGCUUUUAAUGGCAGAAAAAUAAAUAAGGUUCAAGUCGGUUGGAAGCUCCACCUGUUUUUAAACUUCCACAUGUCUUUAUUAUUAAGUUACACGUUUUGUUUCUGACAUCCAAAAAUGUUUAAAAAGAGGCAUUCCAUCAUCACUAUGAUACUAGCCAUAAUUUUGUAUUAUAUUUCUCUGUGUCUCACUGUUUGCAAUUAAAAUAACAAUCAAACA